AUGUGCGAAGGCGAGAAAGAGGCAUACCAUGACGACGAUUUCUGGGCCGAUCAUGAUGAGGACUGCCAUGGGGACAUAGACAACUUUAUAGAUGAUUCCGAUUAUGCUGAGGGGUUCAAAUGGUCUUGUUGCGAUGAACUUGGGGAUAAUGAAGGCUGCAAGUCGACAAAACAUAAGGCGGCUGUGAACGAAGUUCGGUAUCCAGUUCCUGUCCCUGUUUCUGUACCCGAGUCCGCCGGCAGGAAACGAAAGGCAGAGAAGGAAAUGGAGCGGCCAACAUACGCACGAUGUAGGAACUGUGAGCGAAGAUUUGAUGUCCAUGACAACGAGACGAAAUCCUGUCUUCAUCAUCCACGCGGUGUGGAUAUUGACAACGAGGGAGAGCAUUGGUGUGAUUGGGACGAGGACUGCCACGGGGACAUCUGGUCGCUGAGAGAUGAUCCUGACCAUGCAGAUGGUUUCAUGUGGUCGUGUUGUGAAGGCCCGCUGGAUGAUCCAGGGUGCCAGAAGAGGAGACAUGAGUUGUGA